CGUGUCGGUCGUCAAUACGCACAUAACGCGUGCAGCCGCCGCCAGCCCCGUCCAGCUACGCCACCACACGUUGCCGCACGCACGCCCUCCGCUCGUUGCUGUGCCGCGCAAGUCGCACGCCGUAAACAGCGCGACACCACGAACUCAGUGUAGUGAUGGAAAAAUAAACAGAAAAGGAAUACUAAAGCCGUAAAGGACACCACUAUAACUUUGACUGGUGAUCUGCCUCCUUCGACACCGCCAAGGAGAGGACAAUGAUAUUAUUCGGAAACGCUGCCCUUACGCCCUCGCCCUCGUCGUCGUCCUCGUCUUCGUCGCCAGUGUCCCAGACGACCCUGUCCCCGCACACCCUCCACGAUGCCGCCCUCACCACGCCUGUAUCAGACAUCUUCUUGCCGCCCGCGCUACAUCCUCUCCUCCUCUCCACCAUCCCUAAGUGUGCCGGGUGCUCGGAAGCCAUCCUGGACCGGUUUAUCCUCAAGGUGCUGGAGAGAACGUGGCAUUCCCGCUGCCUCAAGUGUGCGGAUUGCGGCGCCCAGCUCACAGACAAAUGCUUCGCCAGAAAUCAACAAGUAUACUGCAAGGAAGACUUUUUCAGACGAUACGGAACCAAAUGCUCAGGCUGCGAACAGGGCAUUCCCCCGACGCAGGUAGUUCGCCGCGCCCAAGACAACGUGUACCACCUGCACUGCUUCGCCUGCAUCAUCUGCCAGCGCCAGCUCAAUACAGGCGAUGAGUUUUACCUGAUGGAAGACAACAAGCUAGUGUGUAAAACCGACUACGAGCAGGCGAAGCAAAGAGGUAUGUCGCUAAAGGAGGACGACCUCAGCGGCAAGCGGCCGCGCACCACCAUCACCGCCCGCCAGCUAGAGAAGCUGAAGGCGGCGUACAGCAAGUGCGCCAAACCGCCCCGGCACGUCCGCGAGCAGCUUGCCGCCGAUACUGGCCUCGACAUGAGGGUCGUGCAAGUCUGGUUUCAGAACAGGCGUGCCAAAGAGAAGCGGCUGAAGAAAGAUGCAGGCCGCACUCGCUGGGGACAGUACUUCCGCAGCAUGAAGGCAGGUGUGAGAGGGGACAAGAGGAGAGGUGGCGACGACGAUAAGAGUGACGCUGACCUGGACGCUGACUCCCAUGAUGACAUGAUCCUAGACAUGUCAGAAGGCUACAGAACCCCUGGUCCCCCUCUGGACCUGGAGCCGGGACAGACAUCCAUGAGUCCCCACCUGGGACCGCCGCACCCCGGGCCGCCCCAUCAUCCCUUCCUCCACGGUGCCGGCACGCCGCCCUACAUGGCAGGCGGGGGACACUCGCCCUCCGGGCCCGUGCCACCCCACCAUCUGGCAGCCGCCUUCCCCUACUCCGAGCCUCUCCCGCCCUACCAGACGCCUAUGGUCAAUCGCCAGUGCGAAGACUCAAGGGGACUGUCUGGCCUGGUGAUCCUUCAUGCAGCAGCAGCUGCAGCAGCAGCUUCUGCAGCAGCAGCAGCAAGUGGUGGAGUGAGUGCACUGACAGGCGGGCCUGCGAGUGAUCUCAGCUCUAAUGGCUCCAACCCCAGCUACCCUGAGUUCCCUCCCUCCCCGGACUCCUGGCUGGGUGACAUGCAGCAAGACCACCAUCCUCAGUACUAGCCACCACUGCCAACUGAAUGUUACCCCUACUGCUGGCUGGUCCCACCAUCUAUGACCACAUAGAAAACAACACUCACCACCAACAAUGCUAGAGGCCUCUGCCUGCCACCCUGACAGCCAUAGUUUACAUCUUUCGCCCUCCAUCGACAGCAGGACAAGAGGCUACACCCUGUUCCCUGCGGGCUCUACCUCCAUCCAGCAACUCACCUAGCCCACUGCUUUAAAGAGCUUCAGUCUCUGUCCUUUUCACAUAAAACUCUUAUCUUCUAUGUGUUGGACACUGUCAUGGCUAGUUAUUUUGUUUUUCAUCCCUCUAAAAGUAAGUUUUCCACAAAUGCUAGCAAAACCAGCAGCUCUCCCUCACUGCAGCCCAUUUCACUACCAUCACCUUUGGAACCAUUUGCCACACAUACAUGCACCACCUACGUCCAAAGAUUGGAAGCCAAAGAAUUUAUAUAUCUAGUCAAAACACCUAUGAAUUAUUUAUUAUAGAUAUGCCACAUGAACAAAGUUACUGUGUUCACAAAAGUUUAAGGAUGAGGUAAAUCUGAUUGUUCUGUGGUGGAUAAUACUCCUUGCACAAGAUUUUUUUUUUUUUUUUUUUUAAGGAAUUCAUACAAUACUUUUCUUUUUAAGACAUUAGAGGGAGUUGAAUCCUGUUCAUAGUGAUGGACAGAUAAGAUGGAAUGUGGCAGGAGUGAGGCCCAGCAUGCCAGUCAUUACAAUGAGCAACUGACCUGCAGUGGAGGGUGGAUAGGGUGUUAACUAAGAGAGAGAGAAUCAAAGUCUUUAAGCCUCAUGCUGAGCUGGGGAGUGUGUGUGUGUGUGUGUGU